GGUUUCGGUCUUUAGGGCUGAGCAGGAAGUGCCUGACUGUGGACCCUAGUCGAGAAAAAAAAGAGAAGUGAAGGGGGGACAAAAAAAAGGCCAAAAAAAUUAUUAAGCCACAAAUAAAAAAAAGAUGGAUAUGGUGGCUGACUUGGGGGCGACUAGACUGUACCGGGCGGCGGGUGAAUCAAAUCACCAACAACCUCAGCGGUGGUUCAACACAGCCGACAUCACCGUGGCUCACCAAAGCAAUCUCCUGAAGCAGCUCAACCAGCAGCGCCACCAGGAGCUUUUCUGCGACUGCAAUGUGCUGGUGGAGGGCCAGCUCUUCAGGGCCCACCGCAAUGUCCUGUUUGCCAGCAGCGGCUACUUCCGCAUGCUGCUGUCCCAGGGGCCGGACGGGCUGCUCGACACUGUCAGCGCCACCUUUGACGUUUUUAGCCCGGAGACCUUCACCGUCAUCCUAGAUUUCAUCUACACCGGCCAGCUCGACCUCUACAGUCACAACGUGAUUGAGGUCAUGUCUGCAGCCAGCUACUUACAGAUGAACAAUGUCAUCAACUACUGCAAGAACUUCAUCAAAUCCUCCCUGGACAUCAGCGUGAAAGAAGAAGAGAGUGAACGCUGCAUCAACCUGUCUGAGACCUGUAGCUUUACCAGUGGAGGAGGAGAGGAGUCCACAGAGCACCAACAGCAACGGUCCUGCUCCGUCAGCCCCCCACCCGCGCUCUGGACCCGAGACAAUUCUCGAUCCCAAACUGGGUUUUUGGGGAAAGACCUGGACCAGGAUUCUUCUACCUCAGCCAUGAAGACUGAUCCAAACAGCCCUACUAAUGAGCUCAUUGCAGAGGGAGAUGAGCUGCAGGAUCCUCAGGACCCUCUGUACACUUUACCGGGAUUGGAGCGCCGGCGCGGGAAAGGGGGGACUAAACGGAGAGCGCCCAAUAGCAUUCACUCCGGCCAACCGGACGACCUGGACAUCGAGGAGGCGAGAACACUAAAAGCUGAAAAGGCCGAGGAGCUUUAUGCCUCACUACCCCCGAUCGUAGGUGUCAUUGGACACUUUAAUAAAGAUUCCAACCCGGUAAUGCGCUUCAAAUGUCCCUUUUGUACACACACGGUGAAGAGGAAGGCUGACCUGAAGCGUCACCUGCGCUGUCACACGGGGGAAAGGCCAUAUCCCUGUCAGGCGUGCAACAAGCGCUUUACUCGCCUUGAGCAUCUCCGCAGCCAUUUUGAGACUAUUCAUCAAGCCAGGAAGCUGGUCUGCAGGAAGUGUAAGUGUCAGGUCACAGAGGAGACUGGGCAUGUGGUUUGCGAGGGAACACGACGCUACCGCAUGUGCGCUGCCUGCAUCCAGGAAGUGGGCUGUGACGAGAUCCCCAUAGACAAUCUAGAAGGGCCCAAUGAGGAGCCAGCUCUGUUACUAGGUGUGGAUGGGGAGGAGGAAACAGACACCAAAAUGAAUUGGAUGAUGAAUGAUGACGAUGACCUGGCUGAAGACUCGGGGGCUGACCUCAUCAUCCAACAAGUGGACGACAGUGAUGAGGAGCUGCAGUAAAAUGGGACUAAAGUGCGUGCAGAUAUGUUUACUCUGCAUGUGUUUGUGCUCAAGCCAUGAAAGAUAAUUUAUGCAUAAAAAUAUGAGAACCAGUAAUGUAAAUAUACACAUUUAUGAUGUAUCAGUAGUCUGUUUGUUUAAUGCAGCUGCUCAGUCUUUAAUUGGAAGUAAGAUUGUGUUGCAAAUGGAGAGCUUUUUGUUGAUCUUCUUAAAGAUAUGCAGUAUUCAAAGCAUGUAUAUUCUUCUUUUUCCUUUGGUUCCGUUAGGCAUCACUUUUUACUAAAUGUUUCUUUCCUCAUGCAUGAAGACCACAAGAACUUUACAGCCACUUGGAACUCUCUGUUGGCAUUUAAAGGAGCAUGAGGCUCCUUUUAAGAAAUAAGACUCUCUAGCGCCACCCUUCGCCGCGACGGCCGUUGGGGGUACUGCAGCCAACAGCGAAGCCGGCACGGGAGAACGGGGAGAACGUGCAUGCAGCGUCAUGUGACGUCACAUCCGCAGGACAGCGCAGGAAAUUCGGCCUCCGAAUUGCAGCACAUUUUGCAGCACACAGCCUGUUCAAGGCAAUGGAGAGAUACGCUAGAGGGCUCAUUCUUUUUGAUUUGGAACGCUUCAUCUGACAUUAUUACUAGAAAACGUAUACACAUUUUUUCUGCCUCAAUCCUGCCUCAUGCUCCUUUAAGCCAAAGUGACACAGAAUGGUUACUGAUGUCCGUGAGUUAAAGAGAGUGAGAACAAAAGACUUCCCUCAUACUCUUCAGUGUCUGUUGUUGCUGCUUUUAGUGGUUGGUUACAUUAUGCACUAUUAUAUAAACAUGUAUAAUUUAUUGUUAUUUUUAAACU